UCAUCCCUACCAAGUUCUAGCUCAAGCAAAUCAAGCAAGACUUGCUCGUUCUGUAUCGAAAAGCUAGUAACCCGACAAGCUCCGAUCAAUAUGGCCAAGAAGCCAAGUUUGGGUCGCCAGAAGAUUGCCAUAGCCAAAAUCCCGAAGAAAAACCACCUCCAAGUGACCUUCUCAAAGAGGCGGUCGGGACUCUUCAAGAAGGCCAGCGAGCUCUGCACCCUGUGCGGGGUCGAGAUCACGAUACUGGUCUUCUCCCCGGCUAGUAAGGCCUUCUCGUUCGGCCACCCGGAGGUCGACUCCAUCCUCGACCGGUUCCUUGCUUGCAACAACCCCGCGCUCGACUCCGGGGUGCGCCAGCUCUUCGAGGUCCACAGGAGUGCGAACAUCCGCGAACUGAACGGAAUACUGACCCAGGUGAUGGACCAGCUGGAGGUGGAGAAGAGGCGAGGGGAGGAGCUCGAUAAUGCGAGAAAGGGCAAGAGCCAGUACUGGUGGGAGUCGCCGAUCGAUGAGAUCAACAACCCGAACAAGCUUGAGCAGCUGAGAUCAUCGCUCGAGGAGCUCAAGCAGAACGUUAUGAGGCAGACCAACAAGUUGAUGAUGGACCCUGUUAGCCUCAUGACACCCUUCUUGGGACCAGACUGUAACGGGAGUAAUAGUUCUGGGGACCAGUUCGAGAGGAAACCGAACCUCGACCAAGUCAACCAUAUUUCGGCUAAUUUCCUGCAGUACUUCAGUUUUCCACAGGAGAAUGGUCUCUUUUAGUCUAUCAAAGGACAGUUCAUUCCUAGUACCUCACUAGUCACUGCGGCCUGCAAUUCUUUUUAUUAUUUAAUUUUUA